AACAUGGAGACGCCCGCAGCUUCAGGAGGGGGACCAAGUCCGCGGCGGUGGGCAGAGAAACUCAAGUCCUCCAUCUACAGGAAGAAGGCCAUCUAUACAGCAUGUCUGUUGUUUGGGAACUUUAUGUCGGGCUGGAUCAACGGACAAAGAGGACCCUCCCUUCUGGAUCUCCAGCUCAUCACGGGAACCGACAUGUCCCAAGGGUCAGCCUUCUUUACCGCUGCUGCUGUCGGGUCUCUGGUCGGAGCUGUUGCUGGAGGCGCCAUCUACGACCGCUGCAACAAGUACAUGUCCCUGUUCAUCUCCAUGGCUGGCCACGGACUGACGGUGGCGGUUAUCCCCCUGUGCUCCGAGUAUUGGCUCAUGAUCACAGUCUUUGUGGCUCACGAGUUCUUCCUGGGAAUCUUCAAAACAGGCAGCAACGUGGAGCUACUCAGGGUAUGGGGCGUUGAGAGCAAACCGUACAUGCAGGCGUUCCACUUCCUGUGGUCACUAGGAGGAAUUGUCUCCCCUUUUGUCCUUGAACCCUUCCUAGCCGUCAGACGCGAUGUGGUUCAAAACUCAACAGGGUUAAUGGCAGCCAAUAACUCAGAUCCCGGUGGCUUUCUCAAUGCUUCAGCCAUUCCACCAGAGGAGCCAUUGGAAACAAGUAUCAUAUGGCCUUUUGUGAUGACAGGUUUGAUGACCAUCUUGUCAUCACUUCCCUUCUUGGUUGUCUUCAUCUUUAACAGAAAGGAUGACCAUGAGGAGGUUACAAAGGCACUGGAUGGUAAACGACAAGGGAAGAAGUUAUCCCGGAAGCUGCUAGUUCUCACGCUUGGACUUCUGGGUGUAUUCUAUUUCUUCUUGGACGAAGUUGAGGAUUCGUCAGUGUCCUUCCUGGCAUCCUAUGUGGUCAAACAAUUCAAGUGGACAAAGAUCAUGGGCGCAAGAAUUACUUCGACGUUCUGGGCAUCGUAUGCAUUUGGUCGUCUAGCCGCCAUCUUCUUCAUCAACUAUGUCUCGCAUAUGAAGAUAUGUGGCCUGUUCUUCAUCUCCCUCAUUCUGGCUCAGGUUGGGAUGAUCUUUUCAGGAAUGUACCUGUCCGAUGUGGGCAUAUGGAUCACUACUUGUGCUGUUGGGUUUUCGAUCUCCAUAAGUUUCCCCGCCAUGCUGACAUGGAUUGAGAAGGACUUUGUUCAACUGUCAGGAAAAAUAAUGUCUGUUAUCUUCGUAUCCGUGGGCCUGGGUGGGAUGGUGAACCCUCAGAUCAUUGGCUACCUGAUGGAAGAGUCUACCCCUCUUUGGUACAACUAUGUAUUGACCAUAGAGAGUGUCCUGUUAUUCUUUAGUUUCCUCGUGCUGGUGUGGCUUGUCAAGAAGGUCCUGAGCAUUUACCAUUCUUCGCAAUUUGAGCUCCCUGAUAAGAAGUAAAGGCACUUCCAAUGGUGUCCUCAUGACAAACCAUUUUGGAAGUAUGUGGCGGUUUGAAAUGGGGUGAUUGACUUUUUGCAGGGAUAUAAAUAGUUACUAAAAUAAAUGUUUUGACACACAUCCGCGCGCGCACGCACGCACGCACACACACACACACACACACACACACACACACACACACACGUGCUCACUUGAUUCCUCAAUGAUGUCGUGGAAAACAAGUUGUGCAGCUCCUCUAUAUUAAUUAUUAGAUAGUCGGACCCUCACGAGGGCGAUGUAUUACAGGAAUAGAGCCAGUGGUUACAACAAUAAGAGAACAAGGCUAUGUUUUGCAGAGGGUCGGCUGAAGUAUCGAAACUGACCAGGCAGUACUUGGUGACUUCCGUUGAACAACACUGAUACGGUGGUAAGCUGUUGACGAAAUAAAUAUUCGCUUGCACCUGUAUUUGCAACUUUAUUAUACACGGAAUCACGGAUGCUACAGCGAUGCUAUACAGAACUGUUAAACAGAGAAACUAUCUUUGUAAAAUCUUCGAUUAAUUCAACAUUGUUUGCAGUGUCUAGGAGAAUGCAUAUGUAUGUUGUGCGGUUCAUAAAGGAGACAGGGUA